ACAGUUUCCGUGGUGACCAUUGACAAAACUCGGCCGUUGAGUCACAUGACGUCACACCAGAGCUCUUUGUGUCCAGCUGAUCUACCGGUGCCGUUAACGCUUGGAGCGCCGCGUCCUGGUUACUACAUCUACCAGGCCGGAGAAGAUGGGGUGCUGCUUUAGUAAGGAGCUCAACCCCGGCCUGCCAAGUGAGAGGAGCGGUCUGUUAGAGCCCCCGCGGAGUGAGGGGACAGACCGGGUAAGGCAGCACGCUGUGGCUGUGGCUCAGCAUGUGUGCUUGGACGAAGAGGACACACGUGUGGCAGAAGGACCGGCUCAGAGGAAGCGUCAGGAAGAAGAGGUCGGGCCUCCACAACGGGACCACAAAGUUGCGACGGAUUUGUCCGUGAUCGGCAGGGACGGCACCGCGGUGAGCGACGCUAUUAUUAACAGGACGGGGACAAACCUACACACAGACCAGCACACGGAGCCAGGCGGGACACAUGCUCCUAGGCCCAGCUGUGAACCAGCACCGUAUAUGGAGGUGCCCACGCGCACUCCAGCCAAACAGAAGAUUCUGGAGAAUGCCACACUCAGGGCUCAGUGGUUCAAUCAGCUCCCAAACGGGCAGCACAAACCGGCAAAAUGUUUGUCAGCUACCUCCAUGUUUCCCUCCCGCUCUGCUGACAUCAGGCAGAGCGAGGCGUCCGGCCAGCAGCCCAACGCUGACCAGGACCAGGAGGAAAGCCAGGAGGUCUUUGUCGACACCGCGGCACUGUGUCAAGGUUUUGAGAUCAGGACCCGGAGCUUCUACAGCAUAUGUUCCAUCGACGUCGACGACCUUGAGCAAGAACACGUCCAAGGCCAAUCGCAAACAGCUGGAACGACACACUUCCACACAGCUGAGGGAGGAACAGCUGCUCUGCCCUCUAUAGUGGAGUCUCCGGUCUCCAGCCAAUCACACGCUGAGGCAUCCACAGUCCGGAACCACGUCGCUGAAUCCAAAACACCCAGCCAGUCACACCAUGAGGAACCAGCUUCAGUUCAGUCUGCACAGACAAGCGCACCAGAGGAGACCACGGUAGCUCAUCCUGUUGUGUCUCAGCUGGUGGACUCCCCAUGUGACCCCCUGACCCCGUCCAGCAGUCGACGAGCCCGUGAGGAACGCAAAGCGUCCGCGGCAGACGACACUCCGCUUGAAGCAUUGAACGGACAGACCGCUGCAGAGGAUGAAUCCAAGGAUUACAUGUCGAUGACGUCACACACAGACCAAAGUGCAGGUACGGAGGAGGACGAUGAGCUCGUGCAGGGUGAGACGGUGGGAGGAUCCGAGCAGAGGGACGGUGUGUGUUCAGGGUUAGAGGGUGUUUACGUCGGGGGCCACAGAGCAGCACAGGAGACAGUGGGGGCUCCUCAGGAGGAGUUAGAUUCUGACUUCAAUCCUCUGGACGAUCAUCUACCUCGCGAGGCUCACCUGUUGACCCAGCAGGGAGGCACCAGUUCACCAGCGCCAGAUGAACCUGCUCACCCAGACACGCCCAGCCCGAGUCCUCCAGAGCCGGACUUCCACCCACAACCGCCACUCAGUGAGGGCAAACCGCCGCUAAAGAGCAACGCCAUCCCUGUGUGCGACGGCAGAGUGCACAGUGAGGAAGAGGAGGAGGCCGUACACAGCGGAACAGCAGAGACAACUCUUACCUCUGUGUCCUCGGUGUCCACCAUCUCAAUCGUGUCUUCUCUUCCCGUUGAACUCACUGCCUUUUCCUGCCACACAAAUGCAGACCUGCAGAACACAUCUCACCCCCGUGACUCCAUCCCGUCUAACUGCAUCAGAUCCGACCAAUCAGACGACCCCGCCUCUGAACUGAGCAGCACCGAGCCUCCUGGUCAAGACGUUGAAGCUCCAUCCUCUGACUGUGAGCUCAGCGAUCACAGGUUGGACGACAGCGGAAAACAGCUCAAUGGUCCUGAUGUGGAAUCUGACGUUGCCAUGGUCACAGACGAGGAUGUCCUCAUUAGCGACAAACAGGCUGUUGGAAAAACCAAACCAGAAAUCGGCGAGACAAGCAAACAAGUAGCGACAGAUUUUACAGAUGUUUUACCUAAAAAGCACCAAAACGGUUUCCUGUUGUCAGGGCAAGGGGACUGCCACACUCCCCCAAAAUCAGUCCCCUCCAGUGUUUCCUCUGACAGCGUGAAGCCUAAAGUCCACCUGCACGUGACAACGUCUGCACUGAGCAGCAACAUUCCUCCAGAAGCCCCCGAGACCCCGGCUUGUGGCGCCGAGACGGAAACCCUCGCCUGUGAUGAGUCCUUCGUCAUUCUUGCUGACUUCAGCUGCCCGGAUGAUCCGCCCUCGGCUCUGGUCUGCCAGCAGGACCUCCCCGUGGUCUCCGUGGACCAGGCGCAGAUCGACCUCUAUGCCUCGACUCCGUCAUACGAGAUCCACUGCGGGGGUCACGAGCCGCCUGCGACUGCCGAGGAGGGAGAGAGGGAGGGAGGGAUGAUGGAGAUGGUGUCCGAGCUGCUGGGGGAAGACGCAGACUCCAUCUGCCGCCUCUACCCCCACCCUUGGAUCCAGCUGGGUCUGGAGGAGGGCUGCGGGGCCUGGGCACAGGGCGCCACCGAUGCCCAGCCCGUCUGCAGAGACGAGAGCGCGGUGGGCGGCGUGGAGCGGAUCCCGGCGCUGGUCUCAGAGCUGCAGCCGUCGAUGGCUCUGCUGGGAGCGUACCCGUUCAGCACGGUGAUGCCUCAGGGACGCUGUGUGUGGGACUGGCACACGGAAUACACUCCGGCUGGACCCGUUGCUGCCCCCAGCCUUAACCCGAAUGCUGAGGCAUGGACCAAUCACGCCUUUAGCUUGGAGGUCACAGGCCCCGCCCACCUCCAGACUGAGCAGCCAUGGCUGCAGUACCCCGAAGUUCUGACCCGUCAGGAAGGGUACGAGCUGCCGUUGCAGCUGGAGAACGCGGGCCUGACGGAGGCUGAGGUGGAGGCGGAUCUGAGUACACUGGAGUACCAGACGCUGUCUGCUGAAGCCGCUCUAGUCAACGGAGAGACACCUGUGAUAAAUGAGAGCAGCGACGAGCUGAGGAGCUUUUUGGAGUCCUGCCUGACCAGGGAGCACCUCGGUAACGACCUCUACCUCCACUCCCAGAUGGACAACGACCAGUAUGUUUCCAUAGCGACCCUGGCCAGCCUCGACAAGGUCAAGAGCCUCAGCACAGACGUGGAACUUAUCUCCAACAUCCUCCAAUCUCUGCCGCUGGUUGAGAUGGCUCCGUGUGGACAGAAGGUCCGGCCCGCUCAGAGCCGCUGCGUGGUCAUCCUGAGGGAGAUCUCCAACAGCACGCCUCAGGAGGAGGUGGAGUCUCUCUUUGAUGGGGAGAACGUGCCAAAGUUCCUGAGCUGUGAGUUUGUGAGCAACGAUAACUGGUUCAUCACCUUCAAGUCCGAAACCGACGCGCAGCAGGCCUACAAGUACCUCAGAGAAGACGUCCGGGAGUUUAAGGGAAAGCCCAUCAUGGCGAGGAUUAAGGCCAAAACCAUGGCCGUCACGUCCUUCGCUCCCAAAAACGGCUUCAGACCCCCCCAUCUGGACCAGUGCAGCAGUCAUUACGCCCCCUACUUCCCCCCUGGGACCUACCAGCAGCCCGGGCCCCCCGAUCCGCUCUAUGAUCUGGCCAGCGAGGCGUGGGCCUCUCCUGCCCCGGGGUACCAGGACUGCGUGCAGAACCAAACACUGAUGAACGACUUCAUGAACGGAUUCUCCAACUUGAGGCCGUACGCGAACAGGCCGAGGAGAGGCUCCAGGUGGUCCAACUCCAGAGACCGCUGGCAGUCCCGUCCCAACGAAACCCCCCCGGGGUCAGAGCAGGUGGCCCCCGGCACUCCACCGGCGCCGGGCAGAGGGAGGUCACGCGGCAACUGGCGUUGGCAGAGCAGAGGGGGGAGAGCGCCCUCUGCUGAUCGAGGAAGGAGAGCCAACUUCAGCCAGAGGAGGAGAGACGCCGCCAGGACCUGGGACCGAUCAGCUGAACCCACUCAGUUGCCUCCCUGCCUGCCGCCCCCCCCCCCUGAGCUCGGCCUCACCAGCUUCCCUCCUCUGCCUCCGGCAAAUACCGCCAUGACGACGGCAGCUGCAGCCAACGGCAACGCCAAGACUCCAGUGAGGAGCAGCAGCAGCACGAUUGUACCAGAGCCAACGGCGUCACCAGAGCCUGAGCAGACCUCAGACCAGAAGGAGAAGGAGCGAGCAGCGGCGACCACGGAGGCCCGAGACCCUCCGCUGACCCAGGACCAGCUCUUGGAGUCCAAGAGGCCGAGCUACGCCGAGAUCUGCCAGAGAGCGUUUUCCAAUGAGCUGCCGCCGCCCACUGACCCCGCCUCUCCAGAGGCGGAGCGCACCCCCACCUUUCCGGGCCAGCCCGCGGAACCGCUUCUGUUGCCACGGUGAUCGCAUCCAGUGGAGAAAAGCCACUUUUUCAGUGUCCUGGGUGUCAUACGGACAGGGAAUGUGUGCAUGUGAUGUGCUGUCAUUGGACCCGUCUGAGGCUUCUCCAUGAAGCCUCUUGGACCCGGACCUGCAGAGGAGGGCGCCGUGGGACCCGGACUCUCCGACCCCUCAGGGUGUCUGGCCCAGUUGAUCUGCAGAUCGACGUUCGUUCCACUGGUUGUAGUGUUCUCUCUGUACAGGAUGUUCCUUGACUUUGUUUGUGUUCCACACAUGUGCGUCGUUCUCUGAGUCGUUCUGUUCCAACCCGUCUCCCAGUUCGUUCCCGUAGACACUGGUGAGUACUGGGAGGAUUCAUUCGAUCACACUGAAAAGCACUGAAUUCCAGCUCUUUCUCUUUUUUAUUUCAUUUUAGAUUCGAUUGAAUGUCCCGUUUUUAUUUGUCUGGCUCCAGGCGACAUUCUCUCCCUUUAGAGACACCUUUUUAAACGUGAGCGGUGUCGUAGUUGUGGCAUGUGUUACUUUGUCUGUACGGGUGUACAUAUUAUUGAACAGAUAUUAAAAUGCCUUUUGAAGUUAGAA